CUACUUCUUUACGGUGAUCCUGCGGGGCGGUGACCGCCACCAGGUGUGCUCGCAGCAGAUCUGGAACAAGCUGGUGGCACACGUGGACACGGCGGUCAAGGCGAUGCAACAGGACAUGGAGGACCUCAAGAGGGGCCAGGACGGCCGGUCCACCAUCUUCCAGAAGGGCAAGACCAUGGAGAGCAUCAUCCAGCUGCUCAUCCUCGAGCACUCGAUGGCCAGGACCUCGGACUGGAACGUGCACCUGUCGGCCGCCAUGGCCAUCUUCCAGGAGAUCUUUGACGAGUACGGCACAGACGAGACGGGCAAGCCCAACAUGGUGCUGGCCGUGCAGGCGCUCAGCAGGCCGUCGUGGCAGAAGUUCAUGGCAGAGCGCGUGGUGUGGCACUGCGACCAGGGCGCAUUCCGCUUCUACACGGCCGUGCUCCUCUUCACAGACAUCAUCGCGAGCACGUGCCUGGAGGGCCCACCGCGGCUCCGAAAGUACCACAGCAUCAUGGUGAAGGAGGAGGAGGGCAGCCCGCCGUGCGAGAAGAUCCGCAUGGAGAACUUCUUUGGGUGCCAGGGCUGGGUGCUGAUGACCAUCGGCGACAUCGCCCUCCUGGACGCGUGGAAGAAGGAGUCCAGGUCGCAGGGCAAGUUCCGGCCCGACGAGCUGCUGGAGCACGGCAGCCACCUCCACAGCCGCCUCCAGCAGGGGCUCGCCCGCCUCGACAGGGAGAGCCUCCGCCGGCGCAUCCCCAACGACAUCACCGCCGUGCUCAGGUCGUUCUACCGAGCCGACGGCCCGCAGAUGCGCGCCGACGAGCAGGUCAACGUCACGCGCAUCUGGGCCCUGGCCGCCACGGCCUACCUGGGCGUUGUGGUCACGGGCUGGGCCGCCGCGACCAAAGCCGCUGCCAGCAGUAUCGCCGUGGCCAUGCAGCUGCUGCACAGCAUCUCGUCGCCGGCCGUGCUGCGGAGCCUGUCGUGGCCGUUUUUUGUGCUGGGGUGUCUGGCGACGCGGGAACAGGAGCAGUUGUUUACGCAGAUGGCGAGCUGCAUGGGGCCGCUGCUCGAGUUUGGCACCGUCGGGGAGGCCAUGCGGAUUAUGAGGAGGGUGUGGGAGCUGCGAGACAUGAACGGCUUCGACAUGGAGACUUGGGAUAUUGCUGCUUGUUCUAGGGUGUUUGGCACGCAGGUGCUGAUGACUUGAAGGAGGGAGGGGUUCUUUUUUUUCCCCCCCCCCUCUCUUCCUUUUCUUUUCUCACCCUCUUUCAAAUAACUUGGUUCCAUGACGAUGUACUAUUCUAUGAGAGAAAAUGGUGCAUCAGACAGGCCUUGGACCUUGUAGGGAAACGCCCAGAUGCAGUGUCUCCAUCCCUCCCUCCCAACCCCCCAACCUCAAAACUACAACAACCUUUUUGUUCUUUUUCUUUACCACCGAUGAAAGAAACAAUUGAAACCGAGGAAGAAACCCCCAAUGGAGGUUCCCUCAUGUCAUGUAUUACUAUGCUUUCAGGCAUCAUGACAUAUAUAUAUAUAUAUAUGUGUGUGUGUGUGUGUGUAUGUGUGUGUGUGUGUAUAUGCCCAACCGAUUUGUGUAUAAGAGAUUUUCAAAUCUGUCUUUCUUCCCAUUCUUGUAACAAUUCAUUUCAUUAUUAUC